AUGCUUCCCUCACUCCUUCACUGGCCCCUUCCCUCAUUACUAUCCCGGAAACGGAAGCGGGAUGCCGCCGGUGCUGCCGUGCGGACCUACGAGCGCACCAUGGACGACUUGCUGCAAGAAAUCCAGACGCUGCUCGAGGCCCCGCUCGACGCUGCAAAGCUGCUGCACAUGUCCGGCCAGCUGCAGGAGCAGUUCAACCCCAAGCUGCAAGCGAGCGACAUAUGUAUGCUGCCUUCUUACAACCACAAACUGCCCACCGGCCACGAGCAUGGCACCUAUCUGGCCCUGGACCUUGGCGGCUCGACGUUCCGGGUUGCGGUUGUGGAGUUGACGGGGAAACAGUCUGGUGCCAAGAGUAUGCGGAUAGUCGCCAUGAAGAGUUAUCCGAUUGAUGAUGCGGUGCGUUGUCUGAGGGGACAUGACUUCUUCGACUGGAUGGCCGGGAAGGUGGAGGCUGCUCUCUCGGACCCGCAGGUGGAGAAAGUCCGUUGUGACGAGCACAAGACAUUUGGGAUGGGUCUUGCCUGGUCUUUUCCAGUAGAACAAACCUCAAUACGAAGUGGAAAUUUGUCAGUCAUGGGGAAGGGCUUCCGUGCCACUGAGGGUACUAUCGGUCAGGACCUCAGUGAGCUCAUCAUGGCCCCUUGCAGGAAGAGAAAUCUACCCGUCCACAUGGACUCCAUCAUCAAUGACUCCUCCGCCACCCUACUGUCACGUGCCUACGAGGACCCAUCCACCCGCUUCGCCGUCAUCCUGGGCACCGGCUUCAACAUUUCCGUCCACCUCCCCGUCUCCGCCCUCGCUUCCUCAAAGUACAAGGGCUACCCUCAGUCCUGGUUCGACGAGGCCGACCACGUCCUCGUCAACACUGAGCUUAGCAUGUUCGGCAAGGGCGUCUUCCCAACUACCCGCUGGGACGAGCAGCUGAAUGCCGCACACGCCCGCCCGGACUUCCAGCCUUUUGAACAGCUGAUCUCCGGCCGCUAUCUGGGUGAAAUCGUUCGCCUGAUCAUCGUCGAAGCGGUCAAAACCGCAGGCCUCUUCGGCGGCGAACUCCCAGACAACCUCUGCGAGCCGUACUCGCUCGACACCGGGACCCUCGCCGACAUGGAAAUGGACGAGUCCAAGACGCUGCAACGCGCCGCCUCCAUCUUCCAGUCGCGGCACCCCUUGCCAAGCUGCAUUCCGGCCAGCUACGCCGACAUUUCGUUUGUCAGACAAGUAAGCCAGCUGGUCGCCCAUCGCGCAGCGGCGUUUCUCGCCACUGGGAUCCACUCGCUAUGGGCGCUGAGGAUCCAAAAGGAGGGUCUCACACCCCAGCAGGCGGGGGAGAUGGCAAUUGGAUGCAACGGCAGCGUGAUUGAGAAGUAUCCUCUCUUCAGGGAGCUGUGCCAGAGCCAUCUGGAUGAGCUGUGUGUUGCCAGUGGGGCGACCGAGGGAGCGUGUAGAUUGGAGAUUGCGGUCGAGAGUGCCGUGUUUGGGGCCGCGGUUAGUGUGGCGUGCUUGGAGGGGAUGUAG